AUGCGCGCGACGACCUCCGUCUUCUGGGUACCCGCUGCAGCCGCUCUCCUUCUUGCUGGAAGUGGUAUUCAGUCCGUCGAGUCUACGGCAACGUCUACCGGUCUGAUUCCUUCACUGGGCACUGCCCCAAGUGCUGAUCGAAUGAACGUGCAGUCUCUAAGGAGCAAGACAGCAACAACGAGAGCAGCAGGCCAUCGACUGCUGCGGGCGGUCGAGCCAAAGACGUCUGACUCCAAGUCCAUCGAUUCGAAGGUGCUCGAGGACAUUCUUCACAACCGGGGCCAUGCCGAGGCAACCUUUAACAGCUGGUUGCGAAACGGCCAAUCCAGACAAGACAUUGAGGUGCGACUCACAGAACAAGGCCUGCUCAGUAAGUAUCGUAGCGUGGUCGACCAGUACGACAGCUACUGCCUCAAGCACGUCGACGCCUAG